GGGAAGUUCCGAAGGCAAGGGAUGGGGGGGUGGUUGAGGAAGACGACGAGGCUAUGGUGCACAGGCUGCGCGGGUCACGUGCGGCGUCACAUGCAAUGGAUGCUGCCACCGAACUUUGGAAGGACGACACACGAUUCUGGAACGAGACACAGGGGAGCGCCAUAAUGAAGAUCAUCCAAGAAGCGCGCGUGUAUCUCGUGGCAGUGGCGCAGGGAGUGCAGCGUCCAGCUAUUCGACAGAGCAUCUCCCUUCCACACAACAUCAUCCCCCAACACAAAAUCGAGGAUGAAUCGGAGUUUAAUGUGGAGAAAGAGAGGGCGUUGAAGGUGCAGACAAUCUCGCUUAGGGCGAUCCACGGUUGGGUCUUCAAGUCCGAGAGUAGACAAAGGGGGUAUCACUUUGCGUACCAGUACGUCUUGAAUUACUCAGCCACUGACAUCACUAGAGCGGUAUGGUCAGCAGAGGACUGGCGCACUUUGGUUAGCCCGACGUUAUUCCGCACCAUACUGGACGUGGAUAUGAAGUUGCCUUUGUGGUUCGUCGGUGCGAACAUAGUGGACAGACAUGAGGACGACGAGUGCGCGGCUUACCAGGAAACUUAUGUUCAGCGUCUGGUGCGAGAUUUUACUAGCGCAGUGGGCACGACCGAAGCGAUGGACGACGACCGUGUAUCGGACGAGCGUUUGAAGGCUAUGGCAGAGGCGAUGAGGUACUUGCUGGCCGCAACAAUGUGGAUAAUGCGAAUGGCAGGGGACGAUCCAAGAUCUCAUUACGACGCUUGGGUUUUCGUGCAACUCUCUGCGAAGACGACGCUGCUUGCGUCCAUGAACCGUGAAUUCGCCGCCCGCCGCCACAUCAUGCAAGCCGCGCAAGUGAUGACGGACAAGUUGGGGAGACCACCUCCGACCUUGUCCCUGCCACCUAUCUACAUCCCUGAUUGGGCGUCAAAGUGCGGAGUCAAUUUCUCGCACGACGCGACGUUCGCCUCCCCAAUGGAGGCGAAAAGGUUGGAUUGGCUGGGGACAGGCCCCCCUGAGGACGAGGAUGAGGACGACGACGUUACUGACAAACGCCAGGGGGGGUGAUGCUCAUGACAUCGCGAGAGGGAAGGGGAUGACGCCGUCACUUCUCUGACGACGGCAUAAAACUCAAGCAGUCACUCCACGCCAAGCGGAAAGU